UUAUAGAUUUUGAUCAAUAAAUAUGAAAUCCAUUCAAUCAUCUUCAACUCCCUGAAAAUCAGACAGCAGGACCUCCUCUCGCAGAAGGAUCAGCAUCCAAAGUGAUGAAUAUGUUAUCUUCGAUGCAUUUUUAUGUACAAACGACAGCUUAUCAGACAUCCAGGACCAUAAAAUCCUCCUUGAGAAGGAAGGCAAGCUCAUUGGCUUUUAUUUACACCAAUUUGAAGGAACACCCAGUGAGACACCCAAAACCCAGCAAGAAAGUCAAUGAACACUGUGUGCCAGAGGGCCAAGAAGAAGACUAAGAAUAAAGAUGUCUCAAAUAAGUGGAUGACUAAGAUGCCAGAACAGACUAUUGGCUUCCAUGAGUUAACAACAUCAGGCUCAGAAGUGCUACCUCAAAUACCUCUCAAGAAGCGUAUAAAAAGACUCAUUCGCUCCGGUUUCAAGGGAUACCUGGCCCAAAAGAAGAAUAUUAAAAAGAAAAAGAGCAGCAAGAAAGCUCAGAAUUCUUGAAAGGGACACAAAAAAGUCAAACCUUCUCCCAGUCUUGAGCAUAAAUAAACCAUUAGAGUCUAUGCUGCAUAAGCAAAGUGAGAUAUCAAAUCUGGCCCAAUUUGAGAAUAUCAAUGAGAAUAAAAGUCCUGUUAAACAGAAGGACCAUAAUUCUUCCUUAAAGAAUUACAUUACUCCUCGAUUUAUCAAGGAUAUCGAAACAAUACAGGUGUACCUAAGGACUAAUACUUCAGAACUGAAAAGACAGACAUCUAGUACUGAAGAGGAAGACGUUCAACUCCCAACAUGAAUAAGUAAUCUGUCCGCCUUCAAAACAACAAUGUAAUUCCCUUCAAACACCUCAAAAUGUUAAUUUCCAAAAACCGGUUGAAUCCAGAGCCUUCACCUCAGCUAACCAGGCUGUCAUUCCUUCGACUAGAUA